AUGUUUAAAUUACGACUUCUUAAUGCUACUAUACAAAAAAUUAUUAAUUUAAAUUUUAAUAAUAAUUCAAAAUUAUGGUUAAGUUCGGUUAAUAAUUCGUACAAUUUAUUAAAUCCUGUAGUCAAGCAUGAGUAUCUUUUGCUCUCUAAUAAAAUAAUACAAGAUUAUUCAAAUUUAAAUAAUAAUAUUCCUUGGAAUGAAAUAAAAAAUGAAAUAUUUACAGCUUGCGGUCAAAUUAAUUCUAAUUUUGAUUAUUCUCAUUCUUUAAUUUUAAAUUCUCUUGGACAUUUUAAAAUGAUUGAUUUCACAGUGUCUUAUUAUAAAUAUUUAACGUGCGAUUAUAGUAAAACUAUACCUGUUUCAGAAUGUUAUAAAGUAAUGUCAAUAUUGGCUAAAGAUGAAAAAAAAUCUGGACAAUAUAAUGAUUGUCUCCAUCACAUUUACAGUACAAUUAAACCUCAUAUGAGUGAAAAUCCAUUAAUUUUUUUACAAACUAUUAUAGUUUUCGGUCAUUUAAAUGAAUCUUAUUUAAAUGAACUUAAAGAAAUUUUUUACAAUAAUGAUAAUCUCAAUAGUAGUUCCAUACUUAAUUAUUUAGUGAGUACAAACUUUGAAUAUGAUGCGAAAGAAUCAUGGAGUUUAAUAAAAAAACAUUCGUUAUUAAUUAAUAAUAAAAUUCUCGAAGCAUAUUUAAAUUACUGUCAAAGAAUGGCAGAAAAUAAUAAAUUUCAUGUUUCUUUAAUUUCUGACCUGAUUUCUUACUGCCAUGAAAAUUCACAAUUUUUACCAGAUCCAUUAUUAUUCGAGUCUUUAACUUCUUUAGUAAAUAUAUUAAAUGAAAGGCAUAACUUGAAAUGGAGUGUUAAAAUAACAUCUGUUAGCAAUACAGGAUUUUGUUCUCAAUGUAAAUCAAAUAUUGGUAAGGCAGACAUAACGAUGGAUGAAUUAGAAAAAUUAAAAAAAUAUUUUAUUUCAAAAGUUUUUAUCGGAAGAAAUAUCAAUAUUAAUUCUACGGAUAAAGAGUUGAACAGAUUUUUACAUUUUUUAAAAAAAACUGAUCCCUACGAUGUUGUCAUAGACCAUUUAAAUAUAAAAUAUUUACAAUCGAAGAAUUUGAAGGUUUCAAACUUAAUACAAUAUUUUGAAAAACAAAAUAAAAAAAUUUUGUUCAUCACUAGAAAACAUACUUCAAAUGAGAUAAAAGAAAUUUGCAAUUCAAAUCAUUGUCAAUAUUAUUACACAGAUAAUUUAAGUUCUGAUGAUCUCUUUACUAUUUAUGCAGCAAUGCAAAAAGAUUUAAACACUUAUUUUUUUUCAAAAGAUUUUUUAAAAUCUCAUAGUUCACUUAUUGAUGAUUCGAAAUUAAAAAAUGUAUUUAUAAAAUGGCAAUGGUCUCAUCAGUAUACUGCUAUUCAAUCGAAUAAAAUUGUAAGUUUUUAUAGUUUUGCAUCAUAA